UUCCUGGAAGAGGAGAGCUCCCGCGAGCCGGCCGUGGCCGUCUUCGGCAUCCUCUUCUCGUCCCUGUGCCAGCUGGUGCUGGACAAGGAGCCGCUGCCCCUCGCGUCGCCCUCGUCCACGGCGCCCGCGUACUGGAAGAUCCUGGCGCUGCUCUAUUAUCCGGCCUUCUACUUCCCCCUGCUCGCCUGCGCCACCAGCCGCCACCGCCUGGGCUACCUGGCCGGGUCCCUGCUGGCCUGGGGACACUGCCUGGUGCACGUGCAGAAGGUCGAGUGUCCCCAGUCGCCCAAGAUCCACCGGCUCUACUCGCUGCUGUCCCACGUCCCCACCCUGCUGUCGCUGCUCCUGCUCAGCCUCUGGUACCCGGCCCUGCUCGGCCGCAGCCUCCGCGGGACGGCCCCGGAGCGGGAGAUUCCUGGGAGUGGGUAUUACAGGAAGUACCUCAAGGCUGUGCUGUCCAAGCGGGGCCGGAAGGGGAGCUUGGCGCCGAUCGAGGAGAGCCUCCAGUCCCGGAUCCGCUCCUACCUGCGCUCCUACAUCUACGCUCCCGAGGAAGGAUUCCGGAUCCCGCUGAAGCUCGUGGUGUCCCUCGCCAUGGCCGUCAUCGCCGUCUACCAGGUGGCCCUGCUGCUGCUGGUGGCCUUCGUCCCCACCAUCCAGAUUAUCCGGGCGGGAAUGACCAAGGACAUCGUGGUGCUGCUGGUCCAGUUCGGAUUGGUGCCCUCGGACAAUCCGGCCGUGCCGGGGGACAUGGAAAAGGAGCUCGCAACCGUCCGCCACUACCUGUGGUCGCUGGAAGUCUGCUACAUCUGCUCGCUGGCGCUCGGCUGCCUGCUGACCUGCGCCGGGCUGCUGCGGACGCUGGCGGCGCACAGAUCCAACCUGCGGGCGCUGUACCAGGGCUCCGUGCUGGAUGUGUUUUCCGAGCCCCGCUCCCUGCGGCCUUCCCGGAGCGCCGUCGUCUGCUGGAUGAGCUUCGCCAGCUUCCAGGCGGCCUUCGCCUGCCUGGGUCUCCUGAUCCAGCAGGUGAUUUUCUUCCUCUGCUCCGUGGCCUUCGCCUUCCUGGUGGUGAUCCCGCUCCAGGCCGGCACCGGAUCCCUGCUCUUCGGGAUCCUGCGGAACAUGUGGCCCUUCUGGCUGGCCCUGCUGGUGGCCAUCCUCGUGCAGCACCUGCUGGCCCAUUCCCAGUUCCUGGAGCAGCAUUCCCUGUGGAAGGAGCUCACCAACAGGCGCGCCCUGUACAUCGUCACCUUCCUGCUCUUCCCCACCAACGUCCUGCUGGGGGUCCUGGCCGGCGUGUGGCGCGUGGUCAUCUCCGGCCUCUACAACGCCGUCCACUUCUGCCGGCUGGACAUCAGCCUGCUGCAGCGUGGCUUGGAGACCUUUGACCCAGGGUACCACAGCUACUGCCACUUCCUGAAGGUGGAGGUGAACCAGGGCCACCCGCUGAUGAAAGCCUUCUGCUUCCUGCUGCUCCAGCGGCCGGAGCUGCCGGCACUGCCCCGGGACACCCGCCUGGAGGAAGGUCUCCACCUGCUGCAUCACAAGCACCUGGCUCCGGGAAAAGCUCGGAUCCGGCGCAUCCGGGCCCGCUGGUGCCUGGCCUACACCCUCCUGCGCAACCCCUCGCUGACCUCUUCCCGGAAAACCGCGCUGGCCGACGCCUCCGCCAACGGCGCCCAGCUCGGCGUCCCCAAGACCUGAAUUCCCGGGAAUUCCAUCCCCAUCCCAUCUCAUCCCCAUCCCAACCCCAUCUGCCCCCGGCAGGAAUUUCGGGCGCUUCCCAUCCCUUUUCCCAACCUCCGGAUUCUCUCCGGGGGUUUAUCCCUAAAUUCACGUCGAGUCGCUGCUGAGGUUCAGAGGUGACGGCUCCGAGCCCAGCAUGGAUGGAGUAGAGCCGAGGAAAACCCUCCCGGCAUCCCGGCAAUUUUUUGGGAGUCACUUUUCCAGCACGGGGCAAUUCCCAGGGAAUUGGGAGAGGGAGAGGAAUGCGGUGGGAUCCUCAGCCAGCCCUGGAGCUCCACGUGCUCUCCCCACAGAGAAAAUUCUCAACUUUUCCUUCCCAAUCCUGGCUCUGUUUGGGCUCCGGAUCAACUCCUGGGAUGGGAUUUUUUGGUUUUUUCCCCAAUUUUUCGAAGGAUCAAAUCCCAGCCGCUCCUGCUCUGCUCCUGUCCUCUCCCAUUCCUGGUUUUGUGGCUAUCCCACGGUUUUCCAGGGCUGGGAUCCAUGGAAAACCUCCCUCGGAAGGAUAAUAAAUGGAUAUCUCAUUCCUA